ACAUGACAAAACAUUUUUCUUCUUUUCCUCUUGGUUCAUUCAACACCACAUAUUUUUCUGAAAAAACAAAUCUGCAGGUUGCUUUGUUUUAUUGUUGGCUUCAUUGAUCAAAUAGUUGAUUGGAAAAGUUAAUUUGUGUAGAUACAGCAAAGUCGUCAUACAGUUGAAGAAAAAUUAUAAAGCUUUAAUUUAAGAGCUUCGAUCAGAUGGAGCAAGAUAUGGAGAAGAGAAAGCGAGGCAGAAGUGAAGAAAGUGAAGAAGAAAAAUGGGUGCAUGAUGCAUCUGUGGAUUAUAAAGGCAGAAUUCCUCUGCGUGCUUUCACUGGUGUAUGGAAAGCUUCUCUUUUUAUCCUUUCAAUUGAAUUUAGUGAAAGGGUAAGCCACUUUGGAAUAGCUAGUAAUCUUAUCACGUACCUGACUAAAGUGAUCCAUGAAGACCUCAAAACAGCAGCCAAGAAUGUAAAUUAUUGGGCAGGAACAACAACUCUAAUGCCUCUAAUUGGAGGAUUUGUUGCUGAUGCCUACACCGGUCGAUUUGCUAUGGUCCUGUUUUCUUCCCUCGUAUACAUCAUGGGAUUAAGCCUUUUGACCAUGACUCAGUUCAUCCCAAAUCUAAAGCCAUGCAAUAGUAAGAUAUGUCAUAGGCCAAGGAAGGUUCAUGAAGUGGUAUUCUUCCUUGCCCUUUACUCUAUUUCUUUAGGUGCUGGAGGAUAUAGACCAUGCUUGGAAAGCUUUGGAGCUGAUCAAUUUGAUGAUGAUCACUUACAAGAACGAAAGAAGAAGAUGUCUUUCUUCAAUUGGUGGAGCUUUGCACUGUGCUUUUCAAUGUUGAUUGGUUCAACAAUGGUUGUUUAUGUUCAAGACUUUGUCAGUUGGGGAGUUGCUUGUCUCAUUCUCACUGUUUUUAUGGCUCUCACUAUCAUAGCUUUCUAUUUGGGGAAGCCUUUUUAUAGGUAUAGGAAACCAGAAGGAAACCCCUUCACCCUAAUUUUACAGGUCCUAAUUGCAGCCAUAAGGAAAAGGAAUUUGCAAUAUCCUUCAAAUCCUACUCUAUUGUUCGAAGUUCCAAACUCAGACAAGUCGCAAGGAAGGCUUCUCAGCCAUACUAGCAGGCUUAGGUUUCUUGACAAGGCAGCAAUAGUUGAAGAGAAACAUGUUGAGCAAAAAGACAAUGCAUGGAGACUAGCAACAGUGACAAGAGUGGAGGAGACAAAGCUUAUUGUGAGUGUUGUUCCAAUAUGGCUAACUUCAUUAAUGGUUGGAGUAUGUGCAUCACAAGGGUCAACACUAUUUGUCAAACAAGCAGCUACCAUGAGCUUAAAGAUAAGCAACAACUUCGAAAUCCCUCCAGCUUCAAUGGUGUCUGUUUCAGCUUUUGGUACCUUAAUAUCUGUCCCUAUAUAUGACAGGAUUAUUGUUCCAAAUCUGAGAAAAGUCACAGGUAAUGAAAGAGGCAUCAACAUCCUAAGGAGGAUUGGCAUUGGCUUGGCAUUAUCAGUCAUGGUCAUGGUUGUUGCUGCCUUAGUAGAAACAAAGAGACUAAGAAUUGCUAAAGGGGAAAUUGGACAACGGACUAUGAGUGUGUUUUGGUUAAUACCCCAAUACUUGAUCCUUGGCAUUGGAGAUUCAUUUUCUUUAAUUGGUUUGCAAGAAUAUUUCUAUGACCAAGUUCCUGACUCAAUGAGAAGCUUAGGAAUGGCUUUAUAUGCUAGUGUGAUUGGAAUGGGACACUUCUUAAGCAACUUUCUAAUCAUCAUUGUGGACCAUAUAACAGUGAAGACUAGCAAAAGUUGGAUCGGAAAGGAUAUAAAUUCAAGUCGUUUGGAUAGGUUUUAUUGGAUGUUGGGUAUCAUAAAUGGUUUGAAUUUUUGUGUCUUUUUGUUCUUGGCAAAGAGGUACACUUAUAAGACCCUACAGAGGAAAGCUAUUGAAAUUGAUGGUUGUAAUAAUGAUGGGGGGGAGACUAUGGCAUGAUCAGAGCCACUAAGGUGUAGCUUGCUAUACUUUUCAUGGGAUCGAAUAUUUUAAUAUCCUUUUUUGGGUAAAUCGGAGAAGUGAAACCCCCAAAUAUUUAAUAUAUUGCUCCUCUUAUAUUUAUGAAAGUUGGAUUGCUAAGUUUACACUGUGGCAGAUUAUGCUGAGUAUGCUUUACUAUGCAAUAUCAUAGUGGAGCAUAGACAAUUUUUAUUUUUUAUAUUAAUACUAACAAAUGUAGCCGUGCAGAUGCACGAGUUUUGCUUUAAGCAAAAAUAAGGAUUAAAUGGUGAAAAAUACAGGUCGUGGAAGACCUGAUUUUCUUAUGAGUGUACAUUCUAUGAAAUUUUUUUUCCUCAGGAAAAAAGAAAAAGGAGAAAGAAAUAGGGUCCUUUUUUUCUUCCCUGAUCAAUAUAAAGGAAACUUUCUGGGUCAAACUCCGCAUUGGUUUUAAAAACCUUACGGUAUGGUAAGAGUUAUAAAUAAGAUGAUUAUGUUUGAAUUUGGGUCAAAAUUAUAUCUUACAACAGAAGCCUCUGUUAAUUUGGGAAAUAGGUUUAACAAAAGGAAAACGUUAAACCUAAAAAAUAAGUUGCAGAACUACAUUGAGACAAAAAAAAAAAACUAACCUUAAAUUAAAAGUAGAAAUUAGAGAAUAAAAAGUAUAAUUGCUUUGGUUUGGAUAUUGGAUUAGAACCUAUUCUGUGAUCUGUGGAUGUACUGAGGUAGGAAAGAAAAAAAAAUUAUGAUUAAAAUUCCUAGUGAGUAUUAAAUUCGGUUAUUCUAGGUAUAUGUCCUUAAAUUAUAAUUAUGCUAACUCAAUUUCAGUUAUAGUUAUUGUGAGCCUAAGUUGCUGUCGAAAGCCUUUAAAUUCAGUUCCUUCUUUGUGACAUGAAUCGAUUGCUAGUGGAUUAAUGUUUUAAUUUUUGUAUAUUUGGAUAGUUUAGAAUAAAUUAUUAAGUAAUUCAGAAUCACCACAAAUCUGUGAUUUUGGUCAACC